CGGUUAGAUUCAUCUCGCAAUCACAUUACGUCUUUUCGCACUGCCGGUUCCGGUCACAUACGACAUUGGGUCUCUGUCCAAGCCUGUUGAGCCUUAAUAAUAAUCAUCCUCCCGUGCUACACUAACCGAAACCAAAUCUUCCGGUUUUCCUUGUUAUCUUGAUAGUGGUCUGAGUCUAUCAACUUCUCUAAUACCUCCUAAACCUGAUCUCUCGUGUAAAAGGGGUUCUACGAAUGGGAAAGAGUCGGCUGACAGCGGUCGGGACUGCGGUGUCCGUGUUGGGUAUGGAACGUGCAUGCGAGGCGGCUGGCGGGACACGGUGCCCGGGAUACUGCGUGUCCCUAUGCGUGCCUCUUGGGGUGUCUCCGAGUAGCUCUUAUCUCGGCGGGGCGGCGAGCUUGGUCGUAAAGAAAGCGUGCUUUAAGGCCUCAGAUGGCGUGAUCCUCUUGUCCGGGUUCAGUGUUAAGCAUCGCUCUAGUAGGUCCACGAAAUGGUUUAAAUCCCUCGAUUCUACAUCGUUCAUUCCUCCCGAAGCGGCCAUGAGGCGAGUCCGGAGGUCACGGGUCGGCUUGACAACGGCCAGGGUCCGCACUGUUGUCUGUACAUCUGUUAGCAUACAUGGCCUAGAUGAUGACUUCCUAUUCUAGGACACGAAUGACGAAUGACCGGGGGCGCAAACAAGUUCGGAAUGCGGGGUUAUGAAGAAAAGGUAGCCAAGCAGAUGGAUGAGGGUGUUUGGUGGAGCGUUGGGGGUUGGAAGUGCCAGCUCGAGGCCGUAAG